GGGACUCAGAAAAAGAUUCUUGACAUUGCCAACAUGCUGGGCCUGUCCAACACCGUGAUGCGGCUCAUUGAGAAGCGGGCCUUUCAGGACAAGUACUUCAUGAUCGGUGGAAUGCUGCUCACCUGCGCAGUCAUGUUCCUUGUGGUGCAGUACCUGACAUGAGCCAGCCACACCCAGCACAGGACAGCGCUCCACAGUCCACGGCAAAGAGAAGCAUAAUCUGUUACUGAAUGGAGUGGAGGCUGUGCUCAAGCAAAGAUCAGACUCUUAUACUGUUGGCUUCCCCAUAGCCCUUGCUGGAAGUCAGGUAAAGUUCUCUUUGUGCAUUCCUGUUAAUCUUGCCAAGCCCUCCCUGCUGUGCUGUGCUUUAGUGACUUUCCGAAGGCCCCACAGGGAGCCCCAGAGAAGCUGACUCCUUGUCUGGCCAACCUAUAAUCCAAGCUCUGCACCAAACUCCCUCUUGCACUCUGCAGCUGCUGUGCUGGGGCGGGGACCAAGGUGGCCUGCUGACACUGGGCACAGAACUAUUAGACAUUUGUUGCAGGCUGUUCACACUUCACAUGGAAGAAGGUCAGGGUGAAUGUUUUUGAAGGAGCCUCUGGAAACGGGUUGGGGGAUGGUUGAGACAAUACCUGCACCUUGCCACUAGAGGGCAAAACAGCCCCACCUAUGACUGCUCUGCCCUUAAGUGCAGAUUUGGUUGGGUUCCCUUUAGAUCCAAAUUUCCCUGCUGAGCUGUGGCUUUGGGCUACUCUUGGGGUUCCCAGUAUGGCCAAAAAAAGACCUCUGAAUCCUAGCUAAGUUACAGAACUCUCCUUCAGUCAUUUCCUUGGCAUGUAGACAUCCUGUAAACAAGCAUGGAAAACAUUCCUCAAGUGUGGUCAUUCUUCCCCUUUUAUGUCCUUUCAUGUGUCAGAUGGGGAGGAAAGAAAUGGGCUAGGUAGGGGACAGAGGUGAUUCUGGCAGGUGCUUGACCCCUCAAAUGCAGUUGAUAAGUUCCCCACCAUAGAACCUCUGUGCCAGACGCUACCCAUCUCAUCCCUGUGUCCUUAUAGCAUCUGACUGUACAUCAGGAUCCCCUUGGAAACUUAAAAAUACCAGGUGAGGUGAGGGUAUUUUACCUUGACCUCUUAUUAAUUAGUGGGGUUACAGCCUGGGCAUCAUACAUUGCCUAGGUGAUUUUAGUGCGUAGACAUGGCCUAGAACAGACUAAGGCUAGGCUGCUACCAUGGACUUCACUCCAGCUACACUGGAGGGCCACUGUGCUAGACCAGCUAGAAGGGGGUGGAAGCCUAAUUCUCCAUCUGAUUCGGAAAGGACCCAAAUCCUUCUGUCUACUGAGUAAAGUGUGACAGGCCAUCCUUUCCCUGCCCCUCCAGUGCACCUCCCAGCCCUCCACACCCCACCUACCCAGUGCUCCAUUCUCCCUUACUGCUUGGCUUUGGGACAUGCCACACACUUUGCCACAACUGCACCUUUACACAAGAUGUUUCCUUUGGCAUGCAUCACCUCCAUGAAACCUGCUUCCUGCAUGCCUAUCACCCUGCUGUCUCCUGGGGAAUGGUAUUUGUUCCUCACUGCGGGGAGCUGCCUCCCCUUCACGUGGCAGGGGUCAGGAGUUAUUGAGUCGGUGACCUGCAGGAGGGCAUUUGAGCCCAGCCCAUGCAGGUAAUGGACUUAGAAAUGGGUGCAGUGGUCCAGCAAAGCUGCUGUGGCCAAGCCAGAAGAAGCCAGAAGAUUCAAGGCCACUAAUGCUAUGGCCAUGUGUUCAUAGUCCUUCAACAACAGUAAUGGGUGAAGUAAAAGGGGAAGAGGUGUGGGAUCCCAUGAAGGAAUAUGUGUCAAUCACUCCUGAGGAGAGUUCUGGAGAUUGACCAUCUUGUAUGGGUUUUAAAGCUAAAAAGCUUGAAUCCUGACAGUGCCCCCCCACCCCCGGUCCAGCAUAAACAGGAUGGUUGGUCACCCUAGAUAAGCUAAAGACUUAAGUUGUGACUAAUGCAAGGUGCCUCAGCCAGCACUCGACUGAGCCAUUUGGUAUAGCCUCACAGUCCUUCUUUCCAGGUGUCUGUGAUGUAGAGGCUCCUCCUGGAGGGUUAGUGGAGGCCUGCCCAGGCCCAGGAGGGAAGAGGAGAGAGUGGACCAUAGCACUGGACAGGACAUCCACCGUGUGUUCAGUCUUUCAGGGUCUGCUCCCAGAGCCCUGCAUGUGCCCAAAACUGUAGCUGCUCCAGGGAAGACAAAGGGCUGAGGACCUCCCUGCCCUCUGUGGUUUGCAGGAAUCAUGGAGUGAGAGGCAGAGCCUGAUUUCUAGUUCUGGCCUGCUGGCAGCAGCCACAUGAAACACAUACACUUCUCUCAGCCUCAGCUUUCCUUUUAGAAAGGCAACUGUUCCAUGUUCUUUCCCAGGAGGGCAGGAAGCCCAAAUGACCUAGUGUUUGUGGUAGCCUCCAGAGGACUGAAGCAGUAAUUCUCAACCUUGGCUGCUUCCUGGAAUUCCUGACCUCAUCCCUGAUGGUUCUGAGCUACUUGGUGGAGCCUGGGUUUCAGGACUUUUAACUCCUGUUUUGUUUUUUUUGGUGGCAUGGAGCUUAAACUUGGGGCUUAGUGCUUGGUAGGCAGGUGCUCUACAGCCCAAGUAUCCUGUUUUAAUGCCUUCCAGGUGCAAGGGGUUAGUAAUCCUGUUAAGCUGAACAGGCUGUGUUCUGAAACAGCCAGAGGACAGGUAACACUCAAGAGUGCCCGUAGUUGAGACACGACAGUUUGGACCAGCUGUCCAUCCCAGUGAGGCAUUGACUAGGAAGGGCUUUUCUGGAGACAGCAUGGUGACAGGCUCUGAGUUUGGAGGAGAGGAACAAUGGGAGAGGCUGAGAAAGAGGAAGGUCUGGGGGAGUCAAUAAGCUCUAGUUAGCCUUUAGCUGCUGAGGCAGAGAGAAAGAGCCACUGGGAGGGCUGACCUGUCAUUGCCCAUCAUCAGCUGCCCAUCAUCUGUGUGGCUCCAAGCCCAGGGGAGAAAUGGUUGCUGCUCAGAGGCCUGAGAAGCCUGACAUAGAGCUGAGUCUUUGGUCAUCAGAGGCGAAUAGAUAUGAACCGUGCAGAAGGGAGUCAGUUCCACUCCCCCCCUUCCCCUUUCCCACCUGGGCAACUAGUGUCACUUGGAUAGAGGCCAGCUCCUGGCUCUGCUAACCUACCGGCGCCUUUCUGCACCUGUGCUAAGUGUUUCCUGUGCCCAGAGUAUGUGCAGUAAUGGAGGCAAGGGGCCAGGCAGUGGGCAGGAUAAUCACACUGCCCUAGACCUCUGUGGGUUGUUGCGAAUAUGGAAAGAUAAAGCCCUAGAGAUAAAGACCUGAUCUCCUGGGCGCCAGUUAAAUUCGUGUUGCUAUGUGCAGGGAGUGGGUGUGCACUCAGCGUCUAGGGUGAUUUUGUCCCGGAAGCCACUUCUUUUUCUACCUCUCUUAUCUCAGUCCGGGGUCCUGGAAGACCCUUGGCAGGCAACCCCAAGACCUGAAUUUCCAGAACAGGAGCUGUAGUCACCUUUGAUAACAAGACACCUUGUAGUAAAUGUGUUACGGUCACCUAUUUGGAGAGU